AUGGCUGAUAUACCAGCGAGUUUUCUUUGUCCAAUAACACAUGAAUUAAUGAUUGAUCCAGUUAUUGAUCCUGAUGGAAAUAGUUAUGAACGUUCAGCGAUUAACGAUUGGCUUAAACAACAUUCAACUUCACCUAUUACUCGUACUCCUCUUCAUCUUAAUGAUCUUCGUCCAAAUCGUGCAUUACGUGAAAGUAUUGAAGAAUAUAGAAGUAAACAAUCAUCAUCCAAUGUUACUACAAAAAAAAAUCCUAUUCCUAUCGUUAGUAAUCAAUCAUUUGAUUUAAAAGUAACGAGUAGUUGGUUGAAUGAUUUUGCUCAUAUAUCAAUUCAGCCACCUGAAGGUAUUGGUAUUCGUGCUCCAUGUGAUAUAUGUUGUGUUGUUGAUACAUCGGGUUCAAUGGGUACUGAAGUUGAAAUUCAAGGAACAUCAAAUGAUAAAGAAAAAUAUGGUUUAUCACAAUUAGAUCUUGUUAAACAUGCGUUAAAAACAAUAAUUCAUUCAUUAACACAUAAUGAUCGUUUAUCAAUUGUUUCAUUUUCAAAUAGUGCAACCAUUUUAUUUACAUUACAUCAAAUGGAUAAUGAUGGUCGUUCAAGUGCAUUAGCUGCUCUUGAAAGACUUGAAGAUAAUGGACAAACAAAUUUAUGGGACGGACUAAGAACUGGUUUAAAAGUUUUAGCCGACGGAAAACGAGAAACAGAAAGUAAUGUUGCAUUAUUUUUACUCACAGAUGGUUGUCCAAAUGUUGAUCCACCACGUGGACAUUUACCAACAUUAGCUGCAUAUAAAACUAAAACUAAUUUUACAUGUUCAAUUAAUACAUUUGGUUUUGGAUAUAGUUUAGAUAGUAAAUUAUUAGAAGAUCUUGCUCAAAUGGGUAAUUGUGGUUCAUAUGCAUUUAUACCGGAUGGAUCAUUUGUUGGUACAAUAUUUGUUAAUGCUAUUUCAAAUUUAUUAAUAACAGCAGCAACAAAUUUACAAUUAACAAUUGGAGGUAUUCGAUCAGCACUUGAUCCAUCAUCGAAUUAUAUUUGUCAUUAUUCAACAGAUGCAUCUGAUCAUAAGGGGCCUACUUUAUGUUUGAAUUUGGGAUCAAUUACAUUUGGUCAAAGUAAAGAUCUUGUUAUUCCAAUGACAAUGGAUCAAUAUAAUAAAAUGGAAAUAAUACUUGAUUAUGAGUCUCCACAUGGUCAAAAAAAGAAACAAUGUAAAUCGUUAGAAAGACUUAAUGGCGAUAUUAAAUUAUUAAAUCAACAAAAAUAUCGACUUGAAUUAGUUGAUAUUAUUCGUAAAGGUUAUGAAUUAUUACGUGGAUCUGUACACAAUUUUACUGCUAAUCAACCCAGCGUAUUACAGAGUAUUGAAAGUUUAGAACAAACAAUAAAAAGUCAUUCAACUAAUGAUAAUUAUUUAACUGAUUUACUUACAGAUCUUACAGGUCAAAUAAAAGCUGCUUUUUCUCGAUAUGAUUGGUUCUCAAAAUGGGGUAUUCAUUAUUUACCAAGUAUUACACGUGCUCAUUUACUUCAACAAUGUAAUAAUUUUAAAGAUCCAGGUGUUCAACAUUAUGGACAAGGUCAAUUAUUUAAUACUAUACGAGAUGAAAUGGAUGCUAUAUUUUGUGAAUUACCAGCACCAAAACGAGCAAAUUCUGGUGCAACUAUUGAUAUGUCUGUUUUUAAUAAUUCAGACAAUCCAUGUUUUCAUGGUUCAUGUACGGUUAAACUUUUUGAUGGUUCAAUUAAAUUUGUAAAAGAUAUUCGACGAGGUGAUCGAUUAUAUCCACAUGGUGGUACAAUCAAUUAUGUUUUAAAAACAAUCUGUAACAAUGGACAAGCACAAAUGGUUUUACUUGAUACUGGUCUUAUUAUAACACCAUGGCAUCCAGUUCGUUUAAAUGGUGUUACAUGGAUGUUACCUUGUUCACUUGUUUCGUCUCCAACGAAUAUUAUUUGUGAAGCAGUAUAUAGUUUUGCUUUGGAUCAUGGACAUACAAUAUGGAUAAAUGAUAUUGAAUGUGUUACUUUAGGUCAUGGUUUUAAAGAAGAUAUUGUUCGACAUGUUUAUUAUGGAAGUGAACGUGUUAUUGAAGAUUUAAGAAUUAUGGAUGGACAACAAAAUUGUACAGGUUUGAUUGAAAUACAAUCCAACUGGGUAAUUAGAAAUAAACGAACAGGUCUUGUUAAUGGUAUUCGACAAUCUGAAAACAUUAAUAUUAUUUCUAAUUAA